UGUGUUUAGGAUUUUGACCCCUUGUGUGGUUGUUUGACUCCCCUGUCUCAGGGUAAUAAAAGUGUCCCUCCCCCUGAACGAAUGCCAGCGUCCUGCCCCCUCGGCCCGAUGCAUACCGCCGAGGAGCUCCUAAUAUAGCCCCAGCAGCUGGGAGGACCAGAGCGGCGCUCGCUGCUUGGACUUGUUCCUGCAGACCAUGGAGCCCGAUCCUCAGGUUUCUGCGAAAGAGAAGAAUCGUGACAGCUUAAAGCUUCGAGAAGAAGAUGCCAGCGUCUACCUGAACUUCAUGAAAGGUCACCGCUGCUAUGAUGCCAUUCCCGUCAGCUGUAAACUGGUCAUUUUUGACACCACCUUAAAGGUGAAGACGGCAUUCUUUGCUCUGGUGGCGAACGGCUUAAGAGCUGCGCCUCUGUGGGACAGCAAGCUGCAAAGGUUUGUGGGAAUGUUGACCAUCACAGAUUUCAUCAACAUCCUUCACUGUUAUUACAAAUCCCCUUUGGUCCAAAUGUACGGACUGGAGAGCCACAAGAUUGAAACAUGGAGAGGUGAUUCCUUUCAAAACGUCUACUUGUGUUAUUCCAGUCAGUGUCUGGUCAGCAUCUCCCCAGAGGCCAGCCUCUUUGAUGCCAUCUAUUCCCUGCUCCGAUACAAAAUCCACCGGCUGCCCGUCAUCGAUCCGGAGUCGGGGAACGUCCUGCACAUCCUCACCCACAAGAGAAUUCUCAAGUUCCUCCAUAUUUUUAGGGAAAAGCUCCCCACACCCGGGUUCAUACGCCGGCCGAUCCAGGAGCUCGGGAUUGGAACCUUCAGCAACAUCGCCACGGUCCAGCUGACGUCUACCCUUUACGAUGCUCUUUCCAUAUUUGUCGAAAGGCGGGUGUCUGCACUCCCUGUAGUGGACGGACACGGUAAAGUGGUGGCGCUCUACUCCAGGUUUGACGUCAUUAACCUAGCUGCCCAGAAGACUUACAACAACUUGGACAUGACGAUGCAGGAAGCCGUCCACAGGCGCACCUGUUACGUCGAAGGUGUGAUAAAAUGCUACCCCCACGAAACCUUGGAAACAAUUUUAGACCGCAUAGUCAAAGCUGAGGUCCACAGGCUGGUUCUGGUGGACUCGGCAGACAUGGUCAAAGGCAUCAUUUCUCUGUCUGACCUGCUGCAGGCGAUGGUCCUAACACCUGCAGGUAUCGAUGCACUUUUGUCCUAAAGGGGUUUUGAGCCACCCUGUUUUCCCUAAUUUUAAGUAAAAAAAAAAACAAAACAAAUUUGUAUGGAGCCAGAUGUGAAUAAAUGUUCAGAUUUCAAAUGUUGAUUAGCCUUGUGUAUAUAGUGUUAUUCUGUAUUUUUUUAAACUGACCAACUUCCUGUAAACAUUAGGAUGUCAUCAACAAAGAAUUUCUUUUCAAAAUAAAAUGGAGUGACAUUUCCCUGAGGGAUAUUUGAAACCUCCUCAUGAAAUGACCAUAUUUUGUUCCAAGUGAUUGAUUUGUUUCUCAAUAUUUUUGUAAUAAAAUUACAUUUGUGAAUGCA